AUGGCGGCAUACCAGUUCACAUGUUUACUCCUCGUGGUCAUAUACGCUUUCCAGUCAUGUGAAUGUCUGGACUCCAUAGAAGAUACUCCGCCGAGCCUGAUGAAAGAAGUUGAGGACAAUAGUCGCUACAAAACACUGGAAGCUAAUGCUACACUUCUCAAGCUGCUUGUAGACAACAAGGAUGGCGUAAGCAAAUCUGAGGUUUUUGACAUGCUCCACUCUCGCGAUGAAAUACGCGACCACAUAGAUCUUCCAACAUUCCCCGAGGACGCCGUGGAGGGGCGAGUUGAUGUCCCAGUAAUUCCAGACGCGCAGGCCGAGUUCUUACAAGAAGAAGAUACAGUUAGUAAAGACUCGCAGCAGAUGCGGUACUCGGGAAGGGAGCCCGUGGGCGCCGCCGCCGGCAUCAUGGUUCUGGUGACUUGCAGCAUCGUCUGCAUUGCGUAUACUGGUCUGAUUGUAUGGAGACGGAUAUUUAUGAAAAGACAUGGACUAAAACACGAGCUCUUAAGAAAUGAGGAAGUGAUUGCUGAAACUAGAAUAGAGUUGUGA